GCCUCUCUGUUGUCUGCUUUGAGUUAGGCGAUCAGGGAGUGGCCUGUUUUCCUUUCAUAACCAGAAGGGAAUAAAUACUUGCUUUGGAUCAGUCUGAGGAGAUUCCUCUUUUGGGACACUGAGAACUCAACACUGAGCUGCAAUGAUUUGUCUCACAGGUCUUGUUGGUUUUCUGCUGGUUCUGACAGCUGAGGCCAGAGUCGGAAACUCUUCCGAGCUGGACUUCUGUGGUGAGACAGAGCAGUGCCUGCUGUUUGACUUGAUCUGCAAGACCAACAAAUAUGAGGUGCGUCAUUAUGACUCUGUCAAAUGGGUUUCAACUGAUUACAGUGCUAUCUCUAUGGAAUUCAUAAUGAUACCAUCUUUUUGGCGACUGUAUGGGUACAUCACCGGUGACUAUAACGCAGGCCAAAAAAUCAACAUGACUGCUCCUGUUGUUAUGAAAAUCCCCAAAAUGAAAAAUCUUCAGACUGGUACCUUCACAAUGAGUUUCCUGCUGCCAGCGGAGCAUCAGAUGAAUCCCCCACAACCUACUAAUGAUAAUGUUUAUAUCCAGGAGAUGCCGGCUAUGAACGUCUAUGUAACCAGCUAUGAAACAUUUAUGAUCACUCUGAAUGACAAAAAACACGCCGACACUCUCGCUGAUGCUCUUGUGAAUGUUUCCGCUCAGUACGAGGACGGAUUCCACUACGCCGCUGGAUAUAACAGUCCAAUGUCCAAGAAAAAGAGACACAAUGAGGUGUGGUACAUUGCUGAGGGGGAUCCAGAGUGUUCCAGCAGUAAGGGAAAUGGUCAAAACUCCCAGUCUUAAGAACAUGCCCUUUGCAGUGAUUACUGCAGACAAAGCCUGUGGUGUAGCUGAAAUUUUCCCUAAAAUUAAACAUAUGUGAACACAGAAAACAAAUGCAUGAUUGUUUUGUACAUUUAUUUUUGUGUUUGCUUUAAUUUUUGUAUUUGGAAAAUAAAGUAGCCUUUGCAAAACUUA